CAGCAAAGUGGAUACGAGAUGCGUCCCUUGUUAUCAACUCAAGGAGACAUCAGCAGUGUCCAAGGUUUUCUUGACCAAAUAUCACACAUCAAAGAAAGUAUCACACAAAUCAAUCAUAAUGUCGAUCGUAUAAAGUCUUAUCAAACGAGUAUGCUUCAAACAGCAGACGCAUCUGAUCUCGCACGCAAUCGACAAGCCGUAGACGAUCUCUCGACCGAAACACAAAACUUGAUGACUCAAGUCAAACAGCGACUCAAGGAAAUCGAACCCACGUCUCGUCACACCGACCUUGCGAUGCGUAAGAACACAUUCAGUGCGGUGACCAAGCAAUUCAUGGAUGCUAUCGAACAUCAUCGUCGAGUAGCCAUUGAUUUUCAAAAGGCAGAGAGUCAGCAACUCGAGCGUCAGAUCAAGAUUGCUAAUCCUAAUGCAACACCUCAAGAAAUUGAACAGGCCAUCGCUCAAGCCGAGCAAGGACGAGGCGCUGUCUUUGCCCAGCAACUCAUGCAGUCCGUCGGUGGUGAGUAUAGACGCCAGCAGGCACAAAACACGUUGGAUGCCGUUCAGGAACGUCAUGAGGAUAUUCGUCGUUUGGCCAAGAGUGUCCAGGAACUAUCCGUUCUCUUUGAGGAAAUGCAGUCGAUGCUCGAAAGCCAAGCCAAGGUCUUGGAUCAGAUCGAGACAAGUGCAAUCGAAACAACCAAUCAGUUAGAAGCAGGUACUCAGUAUAUCGAAAAGGCCAAGCAAUCGGCUCUGUCUACACGUAGAAACAAGUUUAUCUGUUUGGGUAUCUUUCUUGUCAUCAUCAUCAUUAUUAUCAUUGUUCUCGCUGUC